CGCUAACUGCUUGUGUGGGUGGGAGAGCUGAAGAGAAAGUGGAUGAGCCUUUAAGCCUCUUACUUCCCACUUGAAUUAGGGAUGGGCGAGCUUAUGUUGCCGUUGCCUCGAAACAAGCAACUCGCGCGGCUCGGGUCGCCUGUCCAAAUCUGCGUCAGGAAUCGGUGAAACUCCUCGCGUGUCACGGCGGCGCGUUGCCAGCCGAGCGUCCAUCCUUCCACCGGAUGUGUGCGUGUCAUUCGCAGCGUGUGUGACACACACCGCGCAAAUCCCCGCAGCAGCGCAUCCACGCCUCCCCCUCCUCUCCGGCUGGAGAUCUGCGCUGCUCCCUGCUUUGGACGGGGGGGAAAUCCUUAACUGAGCUGCGUCAUACAAUACGUCAAUACACUCUCAUUCACCGACGGUCAGGUACCACAGAAGCCGCCAUAUUCGCAUCUCCAUGGCAGGGUAGCGGUGCUCUCCGCGAGCUUAUGAUCCUUGUCGGCAACACUAACACCUCUCCCCCCUCCCCCUGCAUCGAACUCGCGUCCCGUCCCGGAUAGCGGCCCGCAGCCACGCGCACCUCGCGGCCACCCGAGCGUCCAGAAAGCAGAGCGAGCCGCCCGGAUUUCCACAGAGAGGGGAAGACAUGCAGCGUGGAGAGGGGCUCUAGGUUGACUACGAUGCCUUAGACUUUAGAGGGAGGAAGCCUGGCACAAGAUGGAGGUAAACAGCGUUAGCAGCGAGGUCAAUGGACAUCAGCUCAUGGACGAGCCCAUGGAGGAGGGAGAGUCUUUCUCACACUGUGAAGACGGGACGUAUAAAGAGAUUCCCAUCACCCAUCAUGUGAAAGAGGGCUGUGAGAAAGCCGAUCCGUCUCAGUUCGAACUGCUUAAAGUCCUCGGUCAGGGCUCUUUUGGCAAGGUAUUUCUUGUCAGGAAGAUCGUGGGUCCAGAUGCUGGACAGUUAUAUGCAAUGAAAGUACUAAAAAAAGCAUCUUUGAAAGUCAGGGACAGAGUUCGCACUAAGAUGGAAAGAGACAUUUUAGUGGAAGUUAAUCAUCCCUUCAUAGUGAAAUUGCACUAUGCCUUUCAGACAGAAGGGAAAUUGUAUUUAAUACUGGACUUUCUCAGGGGAGGGGAUGUAUUCACUCGCUUAUCCAAAGAGGUUAUGUUUACAGAGGAAGAUGUGAAAUUCUACCUUGCAGAGCUGGCUCUGGCCCUCGACCAUCUGCACAACCUGGGCAUAGUUUACAGAGAUCUCAAGCCAGAGAACAUCUUACUAGAUGAAGCUGGACAUAUAAAGUUAACAGACUUUGGCUUGAGUAAAGAGUCAGUAGAUGCUGAUAAAAAGGCGUAUUCCUUUUGUGGUACGGUGGAGUAUAUGGCCCCUGAGGUGGUCAACAGAAGAGGACACACGCAGAGUGCAGACUGGUGGUCACUGGGAGUUCUUAUGUUUGAGAUGCUAACGGGGACGUUGCCUUUCCAAGGCAAAGACCGGAACGAGACCAUGAACAUGAUCCUCAAAGCUAAGUUGGGAAUGCCACAGUUCCUAAGUUUGGAAGCCCAGAGUUUGCUGCGAAUGCUGUUUAAACGUAACCCCGCUAAUAGACUGGGGGCUGGGCCUGACGGAGUGGAGGAGAUCAAACGACACGCUUUCUUCUCCACCAUCGACUGGAAUAAACUGUUCAGGAGAGAACUUCAGCCCCCGUUCAAGCCCGCAGCCGGUAAACCAGAUGACACUUUCUGCUUUGACCCCGAGUUCACUGCAAAAACGCCUAAAGACUCCCCAGGCAUCCCACCCAGUGCGAAUGCCCACCAGCUCUUCAAAGGCUUCAGUUUUGUUGCUCCAGCUCCGAUGGACGAGAACAAGAGCUCCCCGCUGCUCAGCAUUCUCCCCAUAGUUCAGGUGCAUGGAGGCUCAACCAAGUUCUCUGAUCUGUACGAGCUGCAAGAAGACAUCGGAGUUGGUUCUUACUCCAUCUGUAAACGCUGUGUUCACAGGGUCUCUGGAGCAGAUUACGCUGUGAAGAUUAUCGAUAAAAGCAAGAGGGACCCGUCUGAAGAGAUCGAAAUCCUGAUGCGAUACGGACAACACCCGAACAUCAUCACCCUGAAAGACGUGUACGACGAGGGCAGGUAUGUGUACCUGGUAACGGAGCUGAUGAAGGGCGGGGAGCUGCUGGACCGCAUCCUCAGGCAGAAGUUUUUCUCUGAAAGAGAGGCCAGCGCCGUGCUCUACACCAUCACAAAGACUGUCGACUACCUCCACUGCCAAGGGGUGGUACAUCGAGACCUGAAGCCGAGCAACAUCCUCUACAUGGACGACUCUGGAAAUCCCGAUUCCAUCAGGAUCUGUGAUUUCGGGUUUGCGAAGCAGCUCCGAGGAGGAAACGGGCUGCUGUUAACCCCUUGUUACACGGCCAACUUUGUGGCACCAGAGGUACUAAUGCGGCAAGGCUACGAUGCCGCCUGUGAUAUAUGGAGUCUUGGAGUUUUACUAUACACCAUGCUGGCAGGGUACACACCGUUCGCUAACGGGCCAAAAGACACACCAGAGGAGAUUCUUCUGCGGAUAGGAUCGGGAAAGUUUGCUUUGACGGGUGGAAACUGGGAUACGGUGUCAGACUCCUCAAAGGACCUGCUGUCCCACAUGCUCCACGUAGACCCUCACCAGCGAUACACGGCCGAGCAGGUUCUGAAGCAUUCCUGGAUCACGUGUAGAGAUACGCUACCACACUUCCAGCUCACGCGCCACGAUGCCCCACAUCUCGUCAAAGGAGCCAUGGCAGCAACAUAUUCAGCGCUGAGUCAGAAGACGAGUCAGCCGGUGCUGGAGCCGGUGGCGGCUUCCAGUUUAGCCCAGAGACGCAGCAUGAAGAAACUCACCUCAACAGACAUGUAGACACACGGCGCCCAUCCUCCGGUUUUAGCCUCCUCCUCCUCCUCGCCAACGCGAAUAUGCCAACACAUGGGAGCAUGCAAGCACUCAGAGCCUUGGCCAGUCCAAACCUAACGUCUGUUUUUAAAAAGCUAUUUAUUUGACCCAUCGAGCAUCAGCACUCACACAAAAACAACAACAACCCUGCAUUGAAGUUGGCCAAAGAGGCAUAGAGGACACUCACAUAUCUGUUACUGCUGGGGAGACAGACCUGUAUUUAUUUCCACAGCUCUCAUAUGCACUUACCCUCCUCGCCUUUCAUUCAUUCUUCCUCAUGUCGGGAAGAAACACACCAGCUGACGUUCUCCUUCACUGUGAUUGGCUGAUUCAAAGCUGCUUCGUCAAACUGUGCCCCCACCCCCUCCCCCAACUGCUCUUCAUCAUCACUCUGUCAUUCCUCUCCCCCUCCCACCCCCCCACCCCCAAUUCCCAUGUUAGCUUUUCCGCUCUUGAACUUGUUUUCUUCAAAAUGAAGUAAUGUGUUGCGAUGAGGGUGGUGGCAAGAUGAUAUUGACUGAGGUACAUAUUAAGACUUGUUUCCUCUAUGAGACUAAAAACAACAAAAAACAUGAAAAGGUUUCUGCUUGUGGCAGAUUUAAAAAAGUCCCUCAGGAUCAAAAUCAAUUACCAGCACUUUUGGGAACAUAAAUGCAUGUUUGAACUGAACUUGUGUUUCAUUUCCCUUUCAAACUCUCCAUUUGACUCAUGUUUGUGAUACAACCGAGGUAUCAAUAAAGGUUACAUAAGCUGCUGAUGGAUAGAUGAAAAUACCAAGAAUUUGAAGGUUAUAUGAUGUUAUAAUUAUAACAGAGACUUUUGAAAAAAAUACGAGUGUCUAUAUAGAUAUCUAUAUAUAACUAUGAAUAAAUGUGUGAUGAUAGAGAUGAAGAGCAUAUGGUGGAGGUGGAGGGAUUUCUCUGGGGGGGACGGGACGCACCCCGUCGAACCAGAGGCCGAGUUAAAGAAAAAUAUUUCCAUUGAUCUCUCUUCAAAAAGACAUUGUGGAAAUUGUAUGAUAUUGUAUUUAUUUCAUUUGAUUUUUAAAAUUCUAUUUUUUUCUUUCAAGUUCUGUAUAUAUUGACAUUAAAGAUCAUAUGGACAUGC